CGCGAAAUCACAAUCUCCGCUCCGAAUCUGUGUGUUUACUAUCAUCAUCAUGGCUUUUUCCCGCUCGUGGUCGUGGCAAUACCCGUCGACUUCUUACAAAGUGCAACAGACCGUCUUCAGCACCCCAGAGGAUCGUCCGGGGCCUAGAUGUGGCCAUACUCUCACGACCGUCUUGCAAAGCCUAAUCCUCUUCGGCGGGAGUAGUGCCGUCAAGUGCGAUGCCUCCGGGAUCACUUUAGAAGGUCUUACCAAUUCGGUGCAUUGUUAUACUCUUUUCACAAGGAGAUGGACAAGGGUUUAUCCCGAUGGGCUGCCUCCUUCUCCCAGGGCUUGUCAUGCAGCGACUUCAAGUGGCCCUAAUAUGGUCGCUAUUCUGGGUGGGAUUGGUACAUCCGGGGCUUGUACCGAUGAUCUUUACAUUCUUAACAUGACUAGUAAUAGGUUCAUGUGGCAAAGGGUGACCGUUCAAGGGGCGACUCCAGGCCCUCGCUAUGGCCAUUUUAUGGGUUUAGCUAACCACAGGCUUGUCGUAUCCGGCGGCAAAAAUGGACAUGAAAAUCUGACCGAUAAAUGGGCAUUGGAUACCAUUCGGAAACCAAAUGUGUGGGAAAGAUUGAACCCAAGUGUGAAUCUGCCAAGUGCGAUAAUGAAUGUUUCUGCUGGUAUGUAUACAUUAAGUGCGUCUGCAUCUGUUUCCAACCGCAUUUAUAUAUAUGGUGGAGUUAAAGAAGGUGUAUUGCUGGAGGAUCUCCUAGUCUCUAUUGAUGGUAUAUAUAUGCCUUCAAGCUCUGGACCAGCAAGCCCAUCACUGAUGAGGAGCUCGAGCGAGAGUUCAUUGAAUAGUUUUGCGGAGGUUGCUGCAAACUUACCAACUGUGGAAGCUGCUUUCUAUGAUAGUGCAACUGAAGCACCUGCUCCGCCUCAGCAGGAAGCUGUUGCGAGAUCAGACCUGGAUGACUUGGUGAGAGAGCCAAGCUUGGAUUGGCUUCUGGGGCCAGAGCUCACCAGAUCACAAGAGUCUACUCAAGACUUGGUUAAAAGGGUCAUUUCAACGUUGUUGAGACCUAAUUCCUGGGAAGCUCCUGCCUCUCGAAAGUUUUUCUUGAGUUCUUCGGAAGUGAUUGAUCUGUGCAGUGCUGCGGAAGAUAUAAUCAAGGAAGAACCCUCACUCUUGCAGCUUAAUGCCCCCAUCAAAAUCUUCGGGGAUAUCCAUGGGCAAUUCGGAGACUUGAUGAGGCUAUUUUAUGAGUACGGAAGCCCUUCUACAAAUGAAGGAGAUAUCUCGUAUAUUGACUAUUUGUUUCUGGGAGAUUAUGUGGACCGAGGGAAACACAGCUUGGAGAUUGAAUAUCCGAAGAACAUCCACUUGCUUCGUGGAAAUCAUGAGUCUCGUACGACGAACAAAAUGUAUGGUUUCAAAGCAGAAUGCAUGGAAAGAAUGGGGGAUAGCGAGGGGAAAAAAGCAAGGAAAAAGAUAAAUAUUCUUUUCAAUCAUCUUCCUCUCGCUGCGCUUAUCGAGAAGAAAAUCUUGUGUAUGCACGGUGGGAUUGGAGAGCACGUAAAGACGUUGGAAGAUAUCGCAAAUAUCCGCAGGCCCGUUUACCCUGAUUCCAUAAGUGCAUCCAGAGUUGUUAAAGACUUAUUAUGGUCUGAUCCUACAGAGAAUGAUAGCGUUUUGGGGAUAAGAGCAAACACUAGAGGAAAAGGUGUUGUCUCGUUUGGGCCUGAUGUAGUCAAGGACUUCUGCGAGAGGAAUAAGGUAGAUAUGAUUAUAAGAGCGCAUCAGUGUGUCCUCGAUGGUUUCGAAAGGUUUGCGCAAGGACAGCUUAUUACUGUCUUUUCUGCUCCAUACUACUGUGGAAAAAUAAACAAUGCUGGAGCAAUAUUGGUUAUUGGUAGAGAUCUGAUGGUUGUUCCCAAGUUGAUUCAUCCUCUUCCACCUCCCAUCUCACCUUCAGAAAACUCUCUGGACAACGCAUGGGUGGAGCUGGAAAGCGAGAGGCCUCCUACUCCGGUUCGAGGGCAGCGAAACACUGCCUUUGAGGAAGGCUCAACUUCAUGAAGGAAGAGGAAAAGUUGCGGCUCAAGAGGUCCAAGUGUUGUUCAUCUGCAAGCCGCAAAAGACUUACCAUUGCUCUAAUCCCUUUCUUUUCUUUUAUCUUUUCUCAAAACUCUGUUUUAUUUGGUAUUUGUUGAC